AUGGCUCCCUACCCGACGCCUCUCGAGGCAACAUUCACGUUGGAUGCACGACUGGACUGGAAACUGGAGCCACGAUCAACAGACAACGAGUCACCACCGUCCAAGAGUCCAGCAGAAGAAAGAGCUGCUGCCUCGAUGUUUAUUGGUAUAUGUCUGGCCGUCACAUUUGUACUCGCAGCGCCUAUAGUAUGGGUAUGGCUUGCGGAUCGAAUCAGAAGGCGGAAACUCGAUCCCUUCAGGAAACUUAGGGAUCUAGAGCGCGAACGGAAGCGCCCCGGAAUUGAUCCACCUCCUUAUGCCAAAGCAUCGUCCAAGGAUUCGAUAUGGGCGAGGCAGGAGAAGUAUGCAACCAAGAAACCGCCGAGAGUCAUCACGGCCGAUCAGGUUCUGGGCAUCGACAAACGAUCCUACCUGCAACGCAUCAUCCCUCAGAGUGUGAGCAAUCUUACGAGGCUUCAGAAACAGCUCCCAGAGAGCGUCCAGCGUCCAACCAAUUGA